UGCAGGAAGCUACUGCGCUUAAAAAUGGCCACCUUCUUCCUCGGCCGAAAAACCACAGAGCAACUAAGAAAGUGGAAAAAUAAGAGCGGAGCGGAAGGAGUACAGCGUCAAGACUCCUCCUUUAACUGGUUUCUUCUCCUCAUCUUUCUUCACUCGUCUCUUCUUCUUUAUUCCACAGAAAAAUCCAAAUUCACAACCGUUGAUCCCCUGCUUUCUGCUCGCGAUCCGCGAGAUCCUCACCUCUUCAUCAUCUCUUCUCCCCUCAUCUCUAUUCCACCUCUUAAUGAUCUCCCCAGAUCUUUGAUUCCAUCUCGGGGCGACGCAGCAAGAGAUCUUUCUGCGAGCCUUCAAGCUGUUUGAGGAAAUGUCUCUGUACGGCGAGAACGGAAAAGCUCCGGCUGAGUUGGAUUCGAUGCAGGAGAGAUUGCGUUAUGCGCUAACUCUAGAAAGCAAUAAACCCGAUUGCAAUGACUUCCACACACACAGUACCACUUUAUCCCCUCUCCGUAUCCUGCCCAGUGCCAGCGCUAGCUCGAGCUCCUCUGAAUGUAUCGCUAAUGGCAUCGCUGGCCGGAGAACCCGCUCCGGCGAGCACAUGGUCGGCGUGGAGACCUCGAAGGCCGCCUUAGGUGCUAGAAGCACGAAACCUGGGCACCGUAGAUCCGGCUCUGAGCCGCUUAUCUACGCCGGUUUUAGAGGAGAAAGCAGCCCAGUGAGCUCGCCGGCGACCAAUGUGCUUCCCGCCGGGAACAUCUGCCCAUCGGGGAAGAUCGGGAGGUCCGGUAUAAUGAGCCGAAGCACGGCGGCAAGGAGCGAUGUGCUUGGUGAGGGGCCGAGGAAUUAUGGGCAUGGGAGCAUUGUGCGAGGAGGAAGCGGUGGCUGUGUUAGUGCGACGCUGGGCGGUGAGGCGGCAACGGGGAGUGGCUUGGAUCCGUUGACGAGGAGAGGGAUGGUGAGUACGGAUGCUGAGGAGGUGAGGAGAGCUGGGAAUGAAUUGUACAGAAGAGGGCGGUUUGAAGAGGCUUUGAGGCUCUAUGAUAGGGCGAUAGUGAUUUUCCCGGAGAGCGCUGCUUGCAAAAGUAACAGAGCGGCGGCUUUGAUUGGUUUAGGGAGGCUGGGCGAGGCUUUGAAAUGCUGUGAGGAGGCUGUGAAGCUGGAUCCUUCUUUUGCAAGAGCGCACCACAGGUUGGCCUCGCUUCAUAUCAGAUUUGGUCAGAUUGAGAGUGCUGGAAAACACCUUUUUUGGCCUGGGCUACAGCCAGAUAAUGUUGAGCUGCAGAAGUUACAGGCAGUGGAUAUCCAUAUGAGAAGAUGUGCAGAGGCUCGGAAAAUUGGGGAUUGGAAAAUUGCAUUAAAAGAGAGCAAUGCUGCUAUAGAAGCUGGAGCAGACUCUUUUUCUUUGCUUCUCACAGCAAAAGCAGAAGCCACCCUUAGGCUUCACCAACUUGAAGAGGCCGAAUCAACUAUUUCACAAGCAUUAAAGCUUGAGAUUUCUAUACCUCCCCCUUCUCAAGCCAAGUUCUUUGGUCUGCUUUCCAGUUCUUAUACCCACAUGGUUAAUGCACUAGUUGAAAUGGCUUUAGGAAGAUUUGAGAAUUCAGUUGCUUCUGCUGAGAAAGCUAGGCAGAUUGAUCCUGGAAAUUUUGAAACAACAAUGACUUUGAACAAGGUGAGAUCCGUUGCAAGAGCUCGUACCCGAGGGAACGAGCUCUUCAAUGCUGGAAAGUUUGAAGAAGCCUGCUUGGCUUAUGGGGAAGGACUUAAGCAUGAUCCCUCCAAUCCUAUUCUAUAUUGCAAUAGAGCAACGUGCAUGGCAAAUCUUGGGCUGUGGGAGAAUUCUGUUAAGGAUUGCAGCGAAGCCCUCAGGAUUUAUCCCAAUCAUACGAAGGCUCGUCUAAGACGUGCAGCCUCCAACGGUAAGCUUGAGCGCUGGGCUGAAUCGGUGAAAGAUUAUGAGGUUUUGAGGAGGGAGCUUCCAGGAGAUGGCGAUGUGGCAGAAGCUCUUCUCCAUGCACAAGUAUCGCUAAAAGCAUUACGUGGAAACGAUGUAUCUUAUUUGACAUAUGGAGGUGAAGUUGGGGUGAUUACUGGACUGGAACAGUUCAACAAUUCCGUAUAUUCCCAUGGUGUUUCAGUUGUGCAGUUCAUGGCUGCAAUAGACCAACACUGCAUCCAAAUAUCUCCAUUUAUUGACAUAAUGAGUAGAAGAUUUCCCUCAGUGAAGUUUCUCAAGGUGGACAUGAAUAAGAACCAAGCUGUUUUCAAGGCAGAGAAUGUGUUUACUGUUCCUAAUUUCAGAAUAUAUAAAAAUGGCGUUAUGGUGAAAGAGCUGAUCCGCCCUACCCAGCAGCUGUUGGAGCAAUCUGUGAGGCUUUACUGUCUGUAAGCUUCUGGUAUCAAUUCUUCAAUUUUUACAAAUAAAAUCCCAUGCCUCAAUUUUUCUCAUUUUUCUAUA